UGCACGAGGCAUUAAAGGAAAUACACAGGAUCUUGUUGUUACUUACUUUGUAGUUCCACGACUUGAAGAAAGUUUGACUACUCUGAACUCCAGGACAACGUUAUAACGUCAUUCAACUAUGAACAACGACAUCUUAAGACAUUCUUCCGAGGAUAAAUCAGACUAUUUUGUGAAAAUGCACUUAACGGAGGAGGUGACUCCUCAGGAUCCUGACCGAGCACAACCUAAUGGAACAUCCGAAAUUGUACGACGGUCAGCUCGAAACUCACUGACCCCAAAACGUCUGAGAUACAACGACAUUACUACGAAUCCGCGCGGCACCAAACGAAUUAAAGAUGAGCGUAAAGCUUCCGACAGUGAUCCUAAAGAAAAUGAACAGAUCGGCCUAUCCGAGUACGAGUUGGAACGGCUUGAGAACAUUCGACAGAACCAGGCCUUCCUCACAUCCCUGAACUUACCACAGGUAGCCGAGAUGCUGAAGCCAAAGAAGCCUACUCAGUUGGGCCUAAAGAGGGAAAAGGUUGUGAAAGAGGUCCUUCCUGCAAGGAAAUCAUUGCGUCUACAGCACAAAGAUGUAGAGUCCACAGACGUGGCGAAUCUCCCAGCUGAACUUAAAGAGGAGCAGGUGGUGCGUAGUCUGAAGGGGCCUGUCCCAAUGUGUCCAGUGAAUUUGGAGGAGGAUAGCCCACUGCCAGAGACUCUUCUCCAUCUGUGGACUGAGGAGCCUGUGAAGUGUGAAAGGAAGAAGACCGUGGACCUGAAGAUGUACAAGGAAAGCCUGCAGAGGAUGCGUAUAAAUGAGGACCGCGUGGUGAAGGUGGUAAAGGAUCGCAUCUUCUCCGCCGCGUUCCACCCGUGUGCCAGCAGUCUGCUCAUGGCCGCCGGGGACAAGUGGGGCCGAGUGGGCGUCUGGAACCUGGAUGCCGGUUGGGGAGACAAUGGAGUUCUGCUGUUCGAACCUCACACUAGGCCGAUCACCUGUAUGACCUUCUCCAGGUCACGACCUUCGACCCUGAUCACUACUAGUUAUGAUGGCGCAGCACGGGCAGGAGACAUCGAACGAGCUGUGUUUGAAGAGGUCUACCGCUCUGAUGAAGGGCUGAAGGGCUUUGACUUCCUGUCACAUGACUUUACUACUCUGCUCAUUGGAGACGCAGGAGGAGAUGUUGCUAUUGUCGACACACGGACCCCAGGGAUAUCCCAUGAAUCUCUGCACACUCUGGACCCAAAGACUUUGCGCAGUGUCCAUGUCCACCCCAUGCAGAAGCAGUAUUUUGUGGUGACUGACAGCAGUGGGGCUCACAUCUAUGAUGUGCGGAACCUGAACAAGAAGUCCAGCAAGCCCGUGUCCACUCUGAACGGCCAUUCCCGCAGUGUGUCCUACGCCUACUUCUCCCCAGACACGGGAAACCGAGUACUCACUACCUGCAUGGACGACAAACUCAGGGUGUUUGACACGUCACAGCUGGUCUCCUCAGCUCCUCUGAUGACCACCAUUAGGCACAGCACACACACGGGUCGCUGGCUGUCCAAGCUGCAGGCAGUGUGGGACCCGAGGCAGGAGGACUGCUUUGUGGUCGGCAGCCUGGAGCGGCCGCGCAGGGUCAAGGUGUUCCACGAGAGCGGACAGCUGGCACACGUGUUCGAGAGCCCAGACUACCUGACGACAGUCUGCUCAAUCACAGCCUUUCACCCCAGCAACGGAGCGCUGCUCGGGGGCAACGCCAGUGGCAGGCUCCACGUCUUCACCUAGGCCUCCGCCCCGACAACCAUCUCAUCACUUCCUGUCACAUCCACACCACUUCCUUUGCUCUGUUUGCAUCAGUUUCAUAAAAUCAGUUGUUUUACAAAACAACAAACACUUGUUUACCA